UUAGCACAACCUUCUUCCCUAAUUUUAAACCCUCCUUUACCUGCUACUUCACGAACUGUAAAUCAGAGUGAGAAACCCUCAAUUCUUCCAGUGUUGUGUGCUCGUGCUUCUUCUUUUGUUUCCGCGUUCUGCUCCACUGCUCUCAUUCUCGCCUGCGUCGUUUCGUUCUUCUUCUCUUCCGCCUCAACCGUCUGCCUUCGUGAACAAAACAUGCCAAAAGUGAAGACCAAUCGUGUUAAGUACCCUGAGGGCUGGGAACUCAUUGAACCUACACUCUCUGAACUUCAAGUAAAGAUGAGGGAAGGUUUGAAGUUGCGAUAUGCAUUCCUUGCUUGAUGGAUGAUACUGAGAAUGACCCCCAUGAUGGCAAAAGAAAGUGCGAGACGUUAUGGCCUAUAUUCAAGAUUGCAUACCAGAAGAGCCGCUACAUAUUUGACCUUUACCAUCAGAGGAAGGAAAUUUCUAGAGAGUUGUAUGAGUUUUGCUUGGAUCAAGGAUAUGCUGACCGCAAUCUUAUUGCAAAAUGGAAGAAGCCUGGUUAUGAACGAUUGUGUUGCUUGAGAUGCAUGCAGACGCGUGAUCACAAUUUCGCCACUGCAUGUGUUUGCAGAGUACCAAAACAACUCAGGGAGGAGAAGGUUAUAGAGUGUGUUCAUUGUGGUUGCAAGGGUUGUGCUAGUGGGGACUGAUUUGGCCACAAUUCUAGUGCGUCAGUUGUUGUGAUUUUCUUGUUAUAAAUAUAUCUUGUAAUGUUUAUCUUAUGAUUUGUAUUAAGAUGAAUCUUGUUUUGAUUUUUUAUUUUGGCACUUACUAUAUGGCUGUUGGAGUAAUGUUACACAUCCAAGUCUUUUUAUGAACCAAAGUCUAAUCAAGUUAAACAAUAAGACUUUGAACAAUACUAGCCAUAACUGAUUUUUGUUAUUUUAGACCAACUUGGUUGAACCUAGUUAACAAAAAGAUUUGGAUGUGUAGCAUUAUUCAGCUAAUUCCACUUAUGAAAGCAAGCUCAAUUAAGUUGUAUUCAAAUCGUGCAUGAUUGACACACAAUUAGAACUAAAUUACUCAUAAUUUAAUCGGUGCAUACAAACAUCAAAAAGAAAAACGCAAAGCUG